AUGCCCGCGUUCCACCCACAGCAACUGGUCAACGGGGCCCACCUAGCACCGCGGACACAGAUACCGUUUGCACCAUCGACGGUCGCGUUUCAUGCCCAGCAGGAGGAUUUGAACGCGCAUGGAGUAUCCACGCCGCAUCCCGGACAACCGAUUGAUGGACAACACACCGCGUCCGCGUCAGUGCCCACAAGCCAGCUCUUUGGGAUGCCCGUUCGUGGCUUUGUAGGGCCGCAAUACGCGAACGUGGGAUUCAGCGCGAUUCAGCCGGAAAUCCAGGCAACGGUGCAAGCCCCGCGGGACCGCAUAGAGCCUUUAAUGAUGGGUGUGGACGCACAGGCGCGAGCAGACGGCCCAUCAGCGAUCGCGGUUCCAGAUGGUUCAGGGCGUGCGGAGAAUGGUGGAGCGGAAAUAAAUGCAAGCGCGCGUGCAUUUUUGCCGGCGAUCUGGAACGUGAACUCGCUGUUGCCGGGAAACCCGGACGUCCACAUCUGCACCCCCGCGCAACCGACUGCAGCGGGUGCGACCGGUAGAGAUGGGCAACCACAGGAGAACGCGGGGAACGCGGGGCAUGGUGCGGGUGCAAGAGGGAACGCUGAAAGAGGAAGAGGGACUGGUGCGAGAUGGGACGCGGGAAGAGGGACUGGUGCGAGAGGGAACGCGGGAAGAGGGAGAGGUGCGAGAGGGGACGCGGGAAGAGGGACGAGUGAGAGAGGGAACGCGGCUAGAGGGAGAUGUGCGAGAGGAUGGGGUGGGAAAGCGAGCGCGGGACGGGGGACCGGUUUAGAAGGGAACGGGGGUGGUGCGAACGGAGGGGAAGCGCCCGGGGGAACAGGUAACGGCGGCAGAGGUAACGGUAUCAACGCGAACGGAAAUACCGGGCACGGGCCAGUUAAUAGACCGCGUAUAAGGAGGAGGCGAGUCGAUGUCGUGCCGGACAACGCACGCAACGGAUCCGGGGAGGGGAGCGAGGGGGCAAGCGAUGAGGAUGACGAGGACGACGAUGAGAAUGCGGAUGUCAGUUGGAAUGACGAUGACGAGAACUACCUAUCUAACUCUAUGUCCGCGCUCAAUGAGGAUGAAGCUGAAGACAAUGAACGAGUGCGGGGUACGCAAACGGACAGCGAGGUUCCUAUCGCGGAUUGGAACAGGCUCGGUGUGGACGACACACCGGCAGCCAAACGGGAGAUGUGCAUGGGUAUCCUCUACGGUGUCUCUGAGGCCACGCUGAAAAAGUAUCGUGGUUGGGCCAACGAAUACAAGCGGUUUAUGGCCCACGAGCUGCCGAAACUGGACGCGGGGAGGUUCGGGGAGGAGGUCGCGUUAAGAGACGGGAACCCCGACGAGAUCGGGGCCGCGCUCAAACAGAGCAUGGGUGGUAGUUGGAAGAUGGCGAGGGGCGAGGAGCAAUGGUUCCACGGCCCAGAGACGAAUCCGUGGCGGCUAAGGAAAUACGUGACAUUCCUGGUGAACGAGACGGUCGCACAGGCGGACAGGAUGGCAACACUGAAGCGGCCCGACAAGACAUUGAAGAAGAGACGCCAGUGCACCUGUCCCUGCAAUGCUGAUGGGGCGGAACACAUGGAUCGCCAUCAUGGCACGGCCGCGGACACGUACACCCCGGACGAGUUCAAGCAUAUGAUGAGGAAGACCAGCAUGGACGCGAUCUUGACCAGCUUCACACUAGCCAAGAAGGCCUACACGCAGGCAAUGCAUCGCGACCUCUGCAUCCGGACGAUGACUGUGCUCGGUCAUCACACUCUAGCCCACGGGUGCACGAUCCGAAACCUCCAGCUUCCAGACAUGAUGAUGUGGAAGCUCGGCGCAAAAUCCGAGACCGAUCCAGUAAGGAACGCGUUCGCGUUUGUCUGCGCGUGCAGGACGGGCAAGACAAACAAGGACUUUUCACUCAACUACAUCUCUGCUGUGUACGACUUGGUUCCCAUCCUCUACGGGGACAUAGCCCCCCCUCUCGACUUCACGGAGCCCUCGACGUGGUACGAUCAACACCUCUUCUUCCCCCUUCGCACGGGCACCGAAAAGCAAAUACCGCCCACGACUCAUCACGACUGGGCGGCGAAGAUUCUCGAGGACGCGGGAAUCAUAUGCUCGCGUGUGGUACACGCGACCAGGGCUGGGGGAGCGCAGCACGCGGCUGCGGACGGAAUGCCUUCAGAUCAGCUGGCGAGACUGGGGGGGUGGCGCUUCAUCGACGUGAUGACUAAGCACUACCUCACAACUAUUCCGAGGGAGGCCGUGCUCCUGAAGGCUGGCUUCACAGGGGUUGAUGGUGACUACUUCCUGGGUCGCGCAACCGUCCCGGUUAGCCCGGAGCUGGAGAAGCUCCUGAGGAAGCACAUUUUCCCCUGGGCUGCCCCGGACAAAGGACAGAAACAGUGCAAGGAUUACAACCGCAAGAUGGUCAAGGAAGACAAGCCGGAGAAGCAGGACACCGUGGGGCUUAACAUACUGAAGGAGCUGGAUGGGGAGGCUAGGAUGGCGGUCGCACAAGACCUGGCCAUGUAUUACAUACACCAGCCGCGACACCCGUACGUGGUCAACAACCCGCUCUGCCAAACGGAGGAAUUUGCGUCGUGGGCUGCGGAUGUCUCCUUGGCAAAUCAACUGGCCAUAGUACAGCGCAACACACCUACACUGACCCAGGGCGCGGAGGUCAGUACCAGGAUGGACGCGCAGAACCAAGUGGCCUGCCUCACUGAGUACCUGACACGUUCACAAGCGGACAACACCAGGCUGGGCGUAGAGCUGGCCGCGACCCAUAGACGGGUGAAAGAGCUGGAGGGGCUGCUGGAGGAUCGCGACCGGCAGCUGGCCGCGAAGGACGAGCGCGUGAAUGAUCUGGAAGCCCAGCUGUCGCGUCUCACCGUGAGCUGCUCAGGGCCGACCUCGGAUCCGAGCCCGGCAAACACUCCUGGAGCUGCGACCGCGCCUUCCAAUGCCACAACCACCACCGACCAGGGCAUGCGGAAGAAACCCGCCCCGCCAACCAGGGAAGAGACGAUUCGAGACGCGAUCAUGAAACCAUGGGUCAACGCGACCAAGCCGUCGGACGGAUGGAAGCUGUACAAGUCCACGCACGCGCUGGUCGGCGAGAGUCCAGAGUCGCUCCUGGCUCAACCCCGCGGUGCAGUCACGCGAAUGGCAGAGCUCAUUGGGAAGGAGGGAGGCGGUCAGAACGCGAUAAACCGUGUGAAGCGAGUCAUGGACUUCAUCUCCCGCAGGGUGGAGCAGGGAGACGACAUCGCGGUAGUGCUCGACAAGCUCGAUCUCGUGUCUGGAACUGUGGGCAUGUCGGGUGUGUCGGAAGGGAUCGCGGUGAAGAAGAAAAGUGUUGACCUGACCCUGAGCGAGCUGAAGAAGGGUUCCCCGGCGGAGGUGCAGUUGCAGGUGAAAUGGAUGCUUGUACGCGACCGCUUCAUCGAUGCCUCACUUCCCGCGUCAGAGUUUCCGGUCGCGUGGCCUCAGUACUGUACCCAGAUGCCCCUGCUAGCUUAA